UCUCUCUCUCUCUCUCUCUCUCUCCCUCUCUCUCAUCAGUUCUCAGAGUUCUUAGUGUUUCCGAAACUUUCUUAAUUCAGAUUUCAAUGGAGACUCCAUCGUCCACGAUAAGGGUCACAAGAUCUCAGACUUUGACCGGUCUCAACAACAAUAUUCCCUUCUCAAAUUCCGAAAAGGGUCUUUCGAAUUCGAGGCAAAGAAGGGCGAAGCCGCAACAAGACCGGUCUGCGCUGAUCGACAUCACGAACGAUUCUCCAAUCGUCGGUCUCGCGACGGGCGGGGCCUUGGAAACCCCGUCGUCGUCGAUGGCGAAGCAACGGAGCAGCCGGGCGAAGAAAACUCCGGGGUCCGGAGAGGCCUUGCUGAGAGGUCAGGUGAAGACCCUUUUGCAGAAGGUGGAAGAAGAGGCCGAGCUCUCAAAGAUCUCGCUCGAUAGCCGCCCUUUUCUUCGCGUUAAGGGCGUUGCGAACUCUCCCGCCGGGCUUCUUGCCCCGACCCCGGCGAACACCCCUCAAGUCUUGAAUCCUUCCGGUGGGAAUGAAAACAAUGGUUUGUCCUCUGAGGCUCCUUCUCCGCUUGUUGAAGAACAAUUAAUUUCUCAGGUGAUUGAUGAGGAGGAAGAGAGUCUUGAAUUGCAAAAGAGCAUAAUCACCCGGUCUUUACUCCUAGAUUUCUCUGAGAAAUCUGAUAGCUGUGACUCAUCAGAAUGUUCCUCCGUGCUGACCAAAUCCAAAGAAAAGUCGACCCCGGACGAUGAUAAUUCAUCUGUCUGGUCUGUUCAGGUAAAUGCCAGUACACUCGGCGAAGAGGACGAAGAAGAAGAAAUCGAAGAUGAAGAAGAUUAUUAUGUUGAAGAAGAAGGUGAUGAAGUUGAAGAAGAGGGGAAUGAUGAGAUGGUUGAUGAGCUGUGUCAAUUUCUAAGCAAGAUUAGCAUGAAUGAGAAGCCACUUCCCAAGUUUGAAGGGAAGCACACAAGGUUUGUGUACAACAGUGAUGAUGAGAUUAUUGAAGAAGAAAACGAGGCUUGUUCACCGAGCGUCCUGCGUUUGAAUGGCUUGCCAACACCGAAAGGGAAGCACCUGCGCUUUCUUGAGGAAGAACAUGAGUGAUGAAAAGAAGAGGGAAUGGAUCUUUGAUGAUGAAAAGAAGAGGGAAUGGAUCUUUGCUCUUGUACUGCGAUACAUAUUGGUUCAGAUUGUUUGGGGAGUUUAUUUUGUUGUUUGUUUGUCAUUUUCUCGGUGAUUCUUUCGUUUUUGGGGUUUUAGACUUAGAAAUGAUGGAAAGAAUUGGAUGCCACAAAUUGUGGUUGAAUUGGUGUUGGAAAAUAAUACAUUUGAUUCAAUGAAUUUUUACUUCAAUUA